CAGCUGUGAUGGAAAGCUGGUGGCAGCAAUGGAUCGACAGCACCAAUAUCAAAUCUUUGAAUGUCAUGAGGUCCACUCAAGAGCACUACAUCCGGCCAGAGGAGCAAGUGCUCAUCGACCGCCGAGAAAUCACCAGCAGAACGGAUGCCUGGGACGUGCAGGAGUUCAUCGCCAGAAUGUAUGUCAAGCAGCUGCUCCGACACUGGGCCUUUCAGCUGCUGCUGGCGAUGCUGCUGGUGACCAACGCCAUCACCAUUGCGCUCCGCACCAACUCCGUCCUUCACCAGAAACACUAUGAGUUGUUCUCUACCAUAGAUGACAUUGUGCUGACCAUCCUUAUCUGUGAGGUUCUCCUUGGCUGGUUAAAUGGCUUCUGGAUUUUCUGGAAGGACGGCUGGAACAUCCUCAACUUCCUUAUCAUAUUUACCUUGCUCCUGGGGUUCUUCAUUAGUGAACUCAAUGUCAUCUCCAUCACCUACACCCUCAGGGUACUUCGUCUGCUGCACGUGUGCAUGGCGGUGGAGCCGCUGGCCCGGAUCAUCCGAGUCAUCCUGCAGUCGGUGCCUGACAUGGCCAAUAUCAUGGCCCUCAUCCUCUUCUUCAUGCUGGUGUUCUCCGUGUUUGGGGUCACUCUCUUUGGUGCCUUCGUGCCCAAGCAUUUCGAGAACAUGCAGGUUGCCCUGUACACCCUCUUCAUCUGCAUCACCCAGGAUGGCUGGGUGGUCAUCUACGAUGACUUUCAGCUGGAGAUCAGGGACUAUGCAAUGGAGAUUGGGGGUGCCCUCUACUUUGCCACCUUCAUCACCAUCGGUGCCUUCAUUGGCAUCAACCUGUUGGUUGUUGUGGUGACCACCAACCUGGAGCUAAUGGUGAAGGCAGGAGAGCAGGGGCAACAGAAUCAACUAAACUUCACAGAGGUUGGGGAGGUGGAGGGUUAUGAGAAUUACGACCUCCCACUGGUGCACUGUGUGGUGGCCCGUAUGGACAUGUCCGGCCUUCCCCAGGAGCCACUUAUGGGAGGCCCCAUGUCAAACCUCUCAGAAAACACCUGUGACAACUUUUGCUUGGUGCUGGAGGCAAUACAGGAGAACUUGAUGCAGUACAAAGAGAUCCGAGAUGAGCUCAACACGAUAGUGGAGGAGGUACGCUCCAUCCGCUUCAACCAGGAGCAGGAGGAAGCACUGUUGCAUAGACAUGUCUCAAAGAGCCUGUUGAUGGAGAGCAAGUCUUCCAUGGACAUCCGUGAGAUGGCCAGCCAGCAAGACUUGCUCACUGCGCUUGUCACCAGGGAAAAGGUCCAGGAGUCUAACACAAGUAUACUCAACAAGCGCAAGAGUAGCCGCUGA